ACAUCUACCCACGGCACGAGCCUCCUUCAAACCAGUAAAAAUUCAGCCGCCACAAGCUCCCCAACUUCGUCCGCGUUUUGGCUUGCUUUUUUCAUGUGCUCCUCGCCAAUUUAAUCCAAUUUGAAUUUGACGUUUGUGUGUAUUUUUCCUUGGGAGUGCAGCUUUCCUUCUCCACUGAGCCUUUUCAAUGUAUAAAAUGGAGUAUUCUUACCUCAAUUCCUCUGCCUACGAGUCCUGUAUGGCCGGGAUGGACACUUCGAGCCUGGCGUCAGCUUAUGCGGACUUCAGCUCCUGCAGUCAAGCCAGUGGAUUUCAAUACAAUCCCAUCAGGACGACGUUUGGGGCCACCUCCGGGUGCCCGUCGCUUACACCGGGCUCCUGUAGUCUGGGCACCCUGCGGGACCACCAGAGCAGUCCGUACGCCGCAGUCCCCUACAAGCUGUUUACCGACCACGGAGGAUUGAAUGAGAAGCGGAAGCAGAGACGCAUUCGGACAACUUUUACCAGCGCGCAGCUCAAAGAGCUGGAGCGCGUGUUCGCUGAGACUCACUACCCAGACAUUUACACACGAGAGGAGCUCGCGCUAAAGAUCGAUCUCACCGAGGCUAGAGUGCAGGUGUGGUUCCAGAACAGGCGCGCCAAAUUUCGCAAACAAGAGCGUGCAGCCGCCGCCGCAGCUGCUGCAGCAAAGAACGGGUCUGGGAAGAAAUCUGACUUGCGAGAGGAGGACAGCAAAGAGGCAAAGGCUACCGAUCCUGACAGCACUGGUGGGCCCGGACCUAACCCAAACCCUACCUCCAACUGUGGUGGACCAAGUCCCACCGGCGGACAGGUCAGCGUCACAGGGAACGGCCCGGUUGAACAGGUGAAGACGUCAGUGGCUGGUAUGGGAGGCACUGCGCCGAGUCAAGGUUGGGCCUCUGCCCCGGGCACCAUCACCUCCAUUCCGGACUCUCUGGGCGGACCCUUCGCUAGUGUUCUGUCCUCAUUACAAAGACAGAACGGAGCCAAAGCCACUUUAGUAAAGACCAGCAUGUUCUGAGUUAGUGCUUGAUGUAGAAAAGAAACGACGACCGCGAGAUUCAACAAACAAACAAGUAAGCGUUUACUCUAGUCACUGACAACUGAUAACUGGAAAAAGGAGAAUGUCAAAAGAAGGAAAGAGAGCCCCGUAUCUCUACCCACUGGCGUAGAAAAAAGAGACCACCUCUGGUCCUCAUUCGACUACUUUCGACGCCAUUGGUUUACACCAGAAGCUGGAUAAUAAUACCAUACACAUUAUGUUAACAUUGUGACCUUAUCCGGACUGUUCUGUUUUGGCUGUGGUCGACACAUUUCUGACGAAUUCAAGUAAACUAACCAAUAGACUGCGAUGCGCGCUCCUGCUGCAAAGAAAACCCACCAAGGACUCAUGAAAAUACAAUGUCAUUAUUCAGUGUCAUUAUACAUGUCAUUAUAUCUUGGCGCCAUAAUUAUUUGUUUACAUUGACUCUAAACGUACCAUUAGCGCAAGUUACAUGUCUGUAUUACAGAAUACUGCCAAAUGUGGGACUCUGUUAUAUAUUUUUACCUAUAAAUUUACUAAGCCUUAGAGCCAGGGGCUCUGCAAACAUUCAUCUACAUAUUUACUAUUAAUCUAAGGCAAAUUGUUCUUAAAAUGGCACAAGUACAUACUUCAUUGUUGACAGGAAUACGUAAACGUUUUGUGUGUCUUUCUACAGCUGUGUUUUUGUGGCUCAAAUUGUAUAGUGUUAAAACGUAUUGACGUCCUAGAUAAACAUAGACCACAUUCCCCUUGUAGUUCACCGAGUCUUUAUAAUGUUUUACAAGUUACAACUGGCGCAUUCUUUGGAGGAAAAAGGGAAUGGAUGCAAAACAUUGUAUUUAUUUUCUAUAUUAUUUGCAUGUUGUCUUCUCCGUCCAAUUUUAUAAUGAUUUCACCUAUUUUGUGAGCAUAAUGU